AUGGGGGUUUGUGCAUAAUCACAAAAGAAAUCAUAGAGAUAAAUUGGAGAAAGAGAAGUUUGUUUCGUCUUAGAAAGUCUUACUUAGGAGUCUUAAGUCAAUGAAAUUUAUAAAACUUUGAUUGGUCAGACUUAAGUAGUGUUUGAAAAUUUGAUAAAUAACAAGAUUAUCAGUCGAAAUAUCAGUUAAACUGAGUAUGAUUUCUACUCAAGAUAAACAGAAGAAUUAAGUAUUCUAAACAGCUAUCUCUAAAACUAUUACAACAACUAUUACAGAAUUGUAGUUUCUAACAUCAAAAGCGAAAAUCUUUAUUACUUUUAAAACUUAAAUCUUAAAUUCAUUAUCCAACUCUACUUGGCUAUGAAAAGCAUCAAGUACAAUGGAAACGAAUGGUGGAAUUCGUAGACUUUCUAUUCACUGGAAAAGCUCACUAUGAAUAGAUUUAACAUAUUCCCAAAAGUAGUUGAAGAAGGAAGAAUCUCACCAUUCAUUAAUUUUAUACUCCUUUUAAAUAAAUUGAGCAUAAAGCUCAUGAAUUUAGAAGGAAUGACUCUUCAAGAGAAAGAAAUUGAAUACAUAGUCGAUAAGAAAGGGUCAAAUCUCUACAAUCAACUUAAACUAGACUUAUAAAUCUGA